GCAAAUCGCGCUAGUAACAUUUGCCACACCAGAAGCUUUAUAAGUUAAUAGGUUGUGCAUAGGCUUUUAUCCUAUAAAGGUUGAGGGAACUGUAUGUAGCCAAGAGGACUGAGAGUGGAUGUGAAGACUUCAAGCACAGCACAGAAACCAGGACCAGAGGACACCCAGUUGGAAAUUAAGUGGAGAUAGACUUAGGACAGAGGGAAGGAGACACUUCUUCACACAGAGAGUGGUUUCAGGUGAGAGAGAGAGCCAGUGAGCAAGAGCGCCCCCUAGCCCCUGUCCAGUGAAUGAAGCCUGCGCUGUGCAACGGUUCAGUGAGCCUGACUCCUCCAGCCAGCAGGGAGCUCCGUCGCAGCCGCGGGGGCCAGGCGAACACCAGCAUGUCCACCUCCUCUUCCUCCUCAGAGGAGGCCUGCCCAGGGGAUACCCCCCGCGGGGGAGGAACCAUCCGAGUCUACCUCCCCAACAAGCAGCGCACAGUGGUGACUGUGCGUCCAGGGCAGACGGUUUAUGACAGCCUGGAUAAAGCUCUGAAGGUGAGAGGACUGAACCAGGACUGCUGUGCUGUCUACAGACUGCUCAAAGGUCGAAAGCAGCUGACGGAUUGGAGCACUGACAUCACCCCUCUGGAGGGGGAGGAGCUUCUAGUGGAGGUGCUGGACGACGUGCCACUCACCAUGCACAACUUUGUGCGGAAGACCUUCUUCAAGCUGGCCUACUGUGAUUUCUGCCACAAGUUCCUGUUCCACGGGUUCCGCUGCCAGACGUGUGGCUACAAGUUCCACCAGCACUGCAGCAGCAAGGUGCCCACGGUGUGUGUGGACAUGGACACCAUGUCCAAACUGUGUUUAUCGAAUCUUGAUUACUCACCCAUCCCCUUCCUCAUGAUUCCAGACUCUUCCAUGGAAAUGCCUCGGUCCGAGCCCCCUUACACCCCAGAGUCUCCCGGGACGCGGAACGCGCUGCUGUCUCCAGGCUCUGCCUUUCAGUUCCCUCUGGCCGGAGGAGAGGGUCAGUCCUUGCAGAGACAUCGCUCCACAUCCACUCCCAACGUGCACAUGAUCAGCACUGUGGGGUCAGCAGGAGUGGGGAUCAUAGAGGAGGCAUUAAAAAUGAACCACAUCAUUGGUGUGGAGCCUUCCCCCAAACCCUCGACCAGCCCCCCCUCUAUGGGUUCCCCAGGGAGAAGACCUCUCCCCCCAAAAUCCCCCUCGGAACACCCCAAAGAACGCAAGCAGUCUUCCUCCGACGACAAGAAGAAAGUGCACCGUGGCGGGUACAGGGACUCCAGCUAUUACUGGGAGGUGCACGAGCGAGAGGUGACCAUGCUGAAGAGAAUCGGGGCUGGCUCAUUCGGGACGGUCUACAAGGGCAAGUGGCACGGAGACGUGGCUGUCAAGAUCCUCAAAGUGACAGACCCGACCCCAGAGCAGCUGCUCGCUUUCAAGAACGAGAUGCAGGUGCUCAGGAAGACGCGUCACGUGAACAUCCUGCUGUUCAUGGGCUUCAUGACGAAGCCAAACUUUGCCAUCAUCACGCAGUGGUGUGAGGGCAGCAGUCUGUACCACCACCUGCACGUCAUAGAGACCAAGUUCGAGACGAUGAGGAGGAUCGAUGUGGCUCGGCAGACUGCGCAGGGCAUCGAUUACCUCCAUGCCAAGAAUAUCAUUCACAGGGACCUGAAAUCAAACAAUAUCUUUCUGCACGAGGGCUGGACGGUGAAGAUCGGUGAUUUCGGAUUGGCCACUGUCAAAUCCCGGUGGACUGGAUCAGAUCAGGUGGAACAGCCCAGCGGCUCAAUCCUCUGGAUGGCUCCAGAGGUUAUCCGGAUGCAGGACAGCAAUCCUUACAGCUUCCAGUCUGACGUGUACGGAUACGGAGUGGUCCUGUAUGAGGUCAUGUCUGGAACGCUGCCUUACUCCAAUAUAAACAAUAGAGACCAGAUAAUCUUCAUGGUGGGUCGGGGGUACCUGUCUCCUGACCUCACUAAGGUCUACAGUAACUGCCCCAAAGCCAUGAAGAGACUCAUAAUAGACUGUCUGAAAUUCAACAAAGACGAGAGGCCACUAUUUCCACAGAUCCUGGUUGCGAUGGAACAAGUUCAAGAAUCGUUGCCCAAGAUCGAGCGGAGUGCGUCGGAGCCGUCUCUCCACCGCGCGGUACACUCCGAGGAUCUCAACCCCCUGCUGCUGAACACCACACGCCUGCUGCCACUAUGAGAGACCAUCACCCUGCAACACAGCACAACCAGACAGAAGCCACUAUGAGAGACCAUCACCCUGCAACACAGCACAACCAGACAGAAGCCACUGUGAGAGACCAUCACCCUGCAACACAGCACAACCAGACAGAAGCCACUAUGAGAGACCAUCACCCUGCAACACAGCACAACCAGACAGAAGCCACUAUGAGAGACCAUCUCCCUGCAACACAGCACAACCAGACAGAAGCCACUAUGAGAGACCAUCACCCUGCAACACAGCACAACCAGACAGAAGCCACUAUGAGAGACCAUCUCCCCGCAACCCAGCACAGACAGCAGCCACUAUGAGAGACCAUCUCCCUGCAACACAGCACAACCAGACAGCAGCCACUAUGAGAGACCAUCACCCUGCAACACAGCACAACCAGACAGAAGCCACUAUGAGAGACCAUCACCCUGCAACACAGCACAACCAGACAGCAGCCGCUAUGAGAGACCAUCUCCCUGCAACCCAGCACAGACAGCAGCCACUAUGAGAGACCAUCUCCCCCAACACAGCACAGACAGCAGCCACUAUGAGAGACCAUCUCCCCGCAACCCAGCACAGACAGCAGCCACUAUGAGAGACCAUCUCCCCGCAACCCAGCACAGACAGCAGCCACUAUGAGAGACCAUCUCCCCCAACACAGCACAGACAGCAGCCACUAUGAGAGACCAUCUCCCUGCAACACAGCACAACCAGACAGAAGCCACUAUGAGAGACCAUCUCCCCGCAACCCAGCACAGACAGCAGCUGCUAUGAAAGACUGGGUCCAACCACAACCAGAGCCAAGAAAGAAAAAUAAAAAACAACAUCUUGGUUAUUUCUUGCUAGUAUAAUCUUAAGAAGAAAUAGAUGCCUUUUUGCUUUUGCACAUAAUGCAGAAGGACCCCGUAUCUCCUCAACUUCAAGGGCUUUUACCGCUAAGAACGAUCAGACGUUGCCCUGAAUCAAGUGGCGAUUUAUUUUGAACAAUCGAGGAAGACAAGUAUGUGGUUUGCCGGUUUUGAACCUUGGUGUCAAAAAAAAAAAAAAUAGCAAUCGAUUAAUUGGGCACACAAAAUAUAGUCGUCCAAAAAAUACCACCGCCCACAGAAAUUUUCAAAGAGGUUUAACAGUUCAUUUUGAAACUCCAAAGAAGUGCAAACUAUAUACAGUCAGUUUUCUUCAGUGAGCAGAAUUUAUUUUCAUGUUGUUUGCCAGGAAUUACAAGCUUGUCGGAUCCAAGGCUGCUUGCUUUUUGUUUACAAAUCGAAUACACAGAGGGGGCGUGUCCUUACAAAACUGAUUCGCUGGUGGUCAGGAUGAGACCAGCGAAUCAGAUGCUACUUCACACUUAAGCUGGAAACACUGGUUGUCUGACAGAAAUACUGUAACAGCAAGGCAGGGCCGUUCAUUGCAGUUUCGUUGAUCAACUUAAAUAAUGUCAUUAACUGUGCGCGUUACAAAACUGUAAUUAUGUAAUCGAUUGUCCAGUAUUCACCUCAAUGUAUACAAUGAGGAAUGGAAUUGAUUGAAAAAUCGAUUUUCAAUUGAAUCGUAGCAGCCCUAAUCCCUGGGUUUGUUGAAUUCAUUCUUAAUUAAUGGCAGUAUUUCCUGAGCAUAACCACCCUCAAGUUUUUGCAGAACAAUCAUUUUGAGAUCACCUAUUUUACCCAUCUCAUGUUUGAGUUGUUUCUUUAACCAAAGUGUUCCGGUCCUUAUUGAUUUUAAGGUGUUACGGGCAGCUGGAAUCCUGAAGCGACUGUGUUUUAUUUUUCCUUUCUUGAUGCAAAUUACUCGCUGAAGUUACAAAACUUUGGCUGAAUAGAGUCAUAGGGAGAUUUGCUUUACUUUUUUAAAAGAUUAAAAAGUCCUAGGCUGACUGAUUUAGAGUAAGAACUCAAAUGCUGAAUUUAAUGUGGAGUUCUAGCGAGUGUUCUUGUCGCUCCAGUAUUCAGAUUUCAUCAUGUUCUCUCUAUAGUUCUGAUAGCAGCUAACUGGCAAUUGUCUGUCUAGUAUAACACAGCCUCAAAGACAACGAGGAUAGGCAGUUUGACAGUCCUUCUUUAUUCAAAAGCAACAAAUUUAGACUCUUGAGCCUUCAAAUACUGAACGGAGAACAUGCAUGUGCUUGUAAUAUAAUAUACACAAGGUGAUUAGGAAUAGUGAAUGUUUAAUAAACGUCAAUCAAUGAUCAAUUACUUGUAUUUCAUCUUUUCUGAUUGUAUCUCAAACCAGGGAAAGGUUUACAUGGCAUUUUAAUUAAUUUUAAUAGCAUACCAGUAGUUAUUGAUCCGUUAAACUCAAACAAAACUGAUUAUUUCAAAAUAAAUACAAUUGAUGCCCCUUUUAAAAGUUUACCCUCCAUAGUAAAAUGAUAUAAAUCACAGUGAAAGAAUGUUUUUGUCUGGGGUCAAAGUCCGCUUUGUUAGGUGGACAGAAUGCUGUGGAAAUAAGAUUGGUAUAUUAUUAUGGAGAGACUUCAGAGUAGGACGCAUUACCGUGUGCCACCACACGGGGUCACUGUUGUGUAAAGCAAGGCUCUAGUUAAAUGCAAUCAGGUGGAAUACACUGUAAAGGCCUGAAGGGUAUUGUGUUAUGCAUUAUAUCAAGUACAAAAGCAGAAUAAGCCUGAUUAUACAAAUCUGCAUUUUUAACAUUUAUUUUUUAUUAAUUUCUGACUCUUUUAAGACUAAAUUAUGCCACCUCCAUUCAGUCAAGUGCCCUUUAUACAGUUAUUAUGUUUUUAUUUAGCAGACGCCUUUAUCCAAGGCGACUUACAGAGACUAGGGUGUGUGAACUAUGCAUCAGCUGCAGAGUCACUUACAAUUACGUCUCACCCGAAAGACGGAGCACAAGGAGGUGAAGUGACUUGCUCAGAGUCACACAAGGAGUCAGUGGCUGAGGUGGGAUUUGAACCGGGGACCUCCUGGUCCACACAGCCUCCCACUCAAAUUAUGUAAAACCUGCUUAUCCUAUACACAGGGGGUUAGGACAAAGUAUUAGAAACGCGGGCAGUAAAAAUACAUAAAUAAAAGCCAAUAGGGUGCAGCCAGGCAGCGUUGAGUCAAUUGCAAGAAUAACCACUUUGAAUUCCUUCAGGAAAAGCUGCAUUGCGACAUUUGCCACAAAGUACGUUCUCUGGAAUAUAUGUAAUAAAUAACGAACCGGUAAUUGACACAAAAGUGUUAGCUACAUAUUGUGAGUGUUUCAAACUUUGUAUCCAGCCUUUGUAUAUACUAUAGUAUAUCCUGUCUGAAAAGAGGGGGGUGUUGCUGUAUUAGUUUAGCACAGUGGAUGAAUAAACACACAGCCUGGACGGUUUAUUAGGACGUGUAUCUAGUAUCUGGCAUACAGCUCUGGUCAAAGGUUUUGCAUCUCCUUAUAGAAUGAACACUUUUUGCUUCGAAUGAAACCUGCUGAAUAAUGUCACGCUAACAUAUUGAAUCACACACCGCUUUGACAAAAUUGAAAAAUGUGACAUUUUGAAAUCUAACAUGAUAAUACUACUGUACUGCUAUUAUGGCUUCCGGUAGCCUUUUUUUUUUUGCGAUAUAGAUUUGUAGUUUCUUGGAUUACAUGACGUUAAAUAAAAGAUCAAAAUUAUGUUCAUAUAUAUAUAUUUUUUUUAUAUAUAUAAUUGGAUCAAUCUUAAUUCUAGGGGAUGUAAAACUUUUCCAGAGCCAUGCCAAACCCAAUGGGGGGUAGAUAGGUGCUGAUAAUGGGGCCAGGCAUAUUUGGGAACAAGUGAGACAGUAAAUUUGAAUUGUAUUUUACUUUACUGCAUAGGGGCUCUGGAUAUCCUUUUUUAUUUUUGUCGGUUAGCGUAAUAUAAUGACUGAGUACUGUAUUUGAAUAGAAAGUGUUACAUUUCUUUUGAUGAGUACAGUGAAUCUUUUUUUUUAUUAUUGUUAUUAUUAUUAUUGGGCAGGUUUUGGGGGUCUUAAGAUGUAAGCAAUAAUCGUGUACAGUUCCUUCUUUUUAAUGUUAUAAAUUUUACUUUUCUCUUGUUUUUCUAUUUUUGUGUGAUGGUUUUAAAAAAAAAAAAAAACUGUAAAGAAAAUAUAUAUAUAAAAAUAGGAGGUUCUUUGUUUUGUUUUUUUAGCUUGUCUUGUAAAAUACGGAGAUACUGGAUUUUAUUAUUAAAUAAUAAUAAAAAAAAUUUAAAAAGUGGAUUAUUCA